CUUCCUGUCGAUCACAUCUUACAUUAGUUUGGAAGAAAUGGCGGACAUGGACGAAUUAUUCGGGAGUGAUGGAGAUAGCGACAAUGAUCAGAGAGAGUCUGGCUCUGGCUCCGGUUCAGACUCUGAGCAGGAGAGACCUCGAUCAGCCAGCAAUGCUUCAGGCAGCGGCAGUGACAGUGAGAGGGAACGGGAUGAGGAUGAUGAAGGCCAAGACACAGGGAAGCCCAGCAUGAAUAAGGAGCUGUUCGGAGAUGACAGUGAGGAUGAGCAGCACAGUCAACACAGUGGCAGCGACAACCAAUCUGAACGGUCAGGGAACCAAUCAGAUGCCAGCAUGCACUCGGACCAGGGGGAAAAUGAUCACUCGGAUGCAGAGCAACACAGUGGAUCAGAGCACGACCAGCGAGAUGAGGAUGACGACGAGGAGGAUGGGGGCCACCGGUCAGAUGGAGGAAGCCCGGCGGGCAGCGGGAUGUCCGGCGCUGGAAGCCCUCAUUCUGAAAGGGGCAGUGUUCGUUCAGACAGAAGUGUCCACAGUGAUCCUGGAACUCCACAGUCAGGACCAGGUACUCCUCAGUCUGACGCGGAAGCCUCUGGGAGAGAGAACCAAUCGGAUGAUGAGAAGUGGGGCAGCGGAGCUAAGAGUGACCAGUCAGAGGAUGAGGAGGAGAAACAUCGUUAUUCUGAUGAAGACAGAGAGAACUCUGACGAUGAAGGGCAGAGGAACAGGGAAGCAGAGUCUGGAAAGGGCAGCGAUAGUGAGGAUGAUUUCCUCAGACAAAAAACCAAAGCAAAAGCUGCCUCAGAUUCAGAUUCAGACAGUGAUUUGGAAACGAAUAAAACAAAGAAAUCUGCAGCAGAUGAUUUGUUCGGAGAAGGUAACGACAUCUCUUCAGACAGCGAUGCAGAGAAGCCGCCGACUCCGGGACAGCCUAUGGAUGGAGAGGAUGGGAUGGAGGGGGAGCAGGCGGAGGAGGAACCCGCGCCUGAAACUCGAAUUGAAGUAGAGAUACCAAAAGUCAGCACGGAUCUGGGAUCUGACCUUUACUUUGUCAAGCUUCCUAACUUCCUGUCUGUGGAGCCCAGACCCUUUGAUCCCCAGUACUAUGAAGAUGAGUUUGAGGAUGAAGAAAUGCUGGAUGAAGAGGGGCGGACCAGGCUCAAACUGAAGGUGGAAAACACAAUCCGGUGGAGAGCCAAGAGAGACGAGGAGGGAAAUGAAACCCGAGAGAGCAACGCACGUAUUGUCAAAUGGUCUGAUGGCAGCAUGUCCCUCCACUUGGGGAACGAGGUGUUUGACGUGUACAAAGCUCCUCUCCAGGGAGACCACAACCACCUGUUCAUCCGACAGGGUACUGGACUACAGGGACAGGCUGUGUUCAAAACCAAACUCACAUUCAGGCCCCACUCCACAGACAGUGCCACCCACAGGAAGAUGACCCUGUCUCUGGCUGACCGCUGCUCAAAGACACAGAAGAUCAGAAUACUUCCCAUGGCUGGAAGAGAUCCUGAGUCGCAUCGCAACGAAAUGAUCAAAAAAGAGGAGGAGCGGCUUCGAGCGUCUAUCCGCAGAGAGUCCCAGCAGAGGAGAAUGCGAGAGAAGCAGCACCAGAGGGGCUUGAGCAGCAGCUACCUAGAGCCCGACCGCUACGAUGAUGAAGAAGAGGGCGAAGAAGCCAUUAGCCUGGCAGCCAUCAAAAGCAAAUAUAAGGGAGGAGGAGGCCUGAGAGAGGAGCGAGCACGGAUCUACUCAUCAGAUAGCGACGAAGGCUCCGACGAUGAUAAAGCCCAGAGGCUGAUGAAGGCCAAGAAGUUAGACAGUGAUGAGGAGGGCGAAAGUUCAGGCAAGAGAAAGACAGAAGACGAUGAAGAAAUUGCCACCAAAAAGGCCAAGAAAUAUGUCAUCAGUGAUGAAGAGGAGGAAGAAGAUGAUGAUGAAUAAUUUACUUUUUUUUUUUUUUAAAUAAUCCCACUGUAUUAUCAGUGCUCAUCCCACAUGGCUUAUAAAUAGCCAUACACUGUCUUGUAUAUUUUCUUAUGACCUGUGUGUGCGUGAGUGAUCGUGUGUUUGUUUAUGCUGUGCGCAGCAGAGGCGAGAAAUAAAGCAAUGGUUGUUAUGUAACCAGAGCUUUUCAAGGAACCUGUAUCUUUUUUUUUUUUUUCUUUUAACAAAAUGAAUCAUAAAUGAGUCAUGCAGUUGUUGUGAGAUCAUGAAACAUAAUGUUUAGUUUCCAAACAAAAACAGGACAUUAAUGGGGAUGAGUGUUGUGGUCUGAUAAAGAUUAAAUUGUGUUAAUA